GUGGCGGGGGCUCGGCGUUCGUGGCGGGGGCGCGGCGAUCGUGACGGGGGCGUGGCGAGCGCGUUGGCACCAGCGGCUCCCGGAGUCUCAGGUUCCAGGAUGGCAUCCUCGUCAGCCUCUGACUGUGAUGCACACCCCGUGGAGCGUGAGUCCAUGAGGAAGGUGUCUCAAGAUGGAGUCCAUCAGGAUAUGAGCAAGACUGGGCCUCGCCUCCCAGGGGAAUCAGCCAUCACUGACAAGGAAGUCAUCUACAUUUGUCCCUUCAGCGGCCCCGUCAAGGGACGACUUUACAUCACCAAUUACCGUCUCUACCUGAGAAGUCUGGAGACGGACUUGGCUCCGAUUCUUGACGUCCCCCUAGGCGUGAUAUCGAGAAUAGAGAAAAUGGGAGGCGUGACGAGUCGGGGAGAGAAUUCCUACGGCCUUGAUAUCACCUGCAAAGACCUGAGGAACCUGAGGUUCGCUCUGAAGCAGGAAGGACACAGCAGGAGGGACAUCUUUGACGUCCUCACCAGACACGCCUUCCCCCUGGCUUACAACCUGCCGUUGUUUGCAUUCGUGAACGAGGAGAAGUUUAAAGUGGAUGGAUGGGCGAUUUACAACCCGGUUGAAGAGUACAGAAGGCAGGGCCUCCCCGAUCACCAUUGGCGGAUAAGUUUCAUCAAUCAGCGCUACGAGCUCUGUGACACCUACCCCGCCCUCCUGGUCGUCCCCUACCGUGCGUCCGAUGAUGACCUCAGAAGAGUUGCAACCUUUAGGUCCAGAAACCGGAUUCCCGUGCUGUCGUGGAUCCACCCAGAGAACAGGGCGGCGAUCAUGCGGUGCAGUCAGCCUCUGGUCGGUGUGGGCGGAAAGAGAAGCAGAGAUGACGAGAGAUACCUGGACAUCAUCCGGGAAACCAAUAAGCAGACCUCGAAGCUCACAAUUUACGACGCACGACCCGGAGUCAAUGCGGUGGCCAACAAGGCGACCGGAGGCGGCUACGAGGGCGAGGACGCGUACCCACACGCGGAGCUCUCCUUCCUGGACAUCCACAACAUCCACGUGAUGCGGGAAUCCUUACGGAGGGUGAGGGACAUCGUGUACCCCCACGUGGAGGAAGCUCAUUGGCUGUCCAGCUUGGAGUCCACCCAUUGGUUAGAGCACAUCAAGCUUCUCCUCACUGGUGCCAUCCGGGUCGCAGACAAGGUGGCAUCGGGGCUGAGUUCAGUGCUCGUGCACUGCAGUGACGGCUGGGACCGGACGGCUCAACUGACCACGCUGGCCAUGCUGAUGCUCGAUGGCUUCUACCGCAGCAUCGAGGGCUUUGAGAUCCUGGUGCAGAAGGAGUGGAUCAGCUUCGGACACAAGUUUGCAUCUAGAAUUGGCCAUGGUGACAAGAACCACGCGGACGCCGACCGCUCCCCGAUUUUCCUGCAGUUCAUCGACUGCGUGUGGCAGAUGACGAAGCAGUUCCCCACAGCUUUCGAGUUCAACGAGUGCUUCCUGGUUGCCAUCUUGGAUCACCUGUACAGCUGCCGGUUCGGGACUUUCUUACUAAACUGUGAGGCGGCACGGGAGAGGCAGAGACUCGCAGAAAGGACGGUGUCUGUGUGGUCGCUGAUCAACAGCAACAAAGACGAAUUCACAAACCCGUUCUACGCAAGGGAGAGCAACCGCGUGAUCUACCCGGUCACCAGCGUGCGCCACCUGGAACUGUGGGUGAAUUACUACAUCCGGUGGAACCCCAGGAUCCGGCAGCAGCAGCCCCACCCCAUGGAGCAGCGAUAUAAUGAGCUCCUGGCCCUGCGUGACGAUUACAUCAAGAAGCUCGAGGAGCUGCAGCUGGCCACACCCACCAAGCUCACUGACUCCUCCACCCCGCCUUCCGGUUCCACACAGAUAGCUCCCCGCAUGCAAACUCACUUCUGAGGGGGUUCCGGGCCCCAAACCCUGAAUAAGUGACGUCACCAAUUUCCGUCCUGUGUGCUUGUGCAAAGGGGAUAUAAAGUCUCCGCCUCUGUGUAGAAGUCGAACUAACACCCUAGAACCUUGUGUGACACGUGUGAGUGCGCGCCUUGUGUGACGUGAGUGUGCGACUUGUGUGACAUGUGUGAGUGUGUACCCUGUGUGAUACAUGCAAGUGUGCGCCUUGUGUAACGUUCGUGAGUGUGCACCUCCUGUAACAUGUUUUGCAAGGAAUCUACUGCGCUUGUGUGCCAGUCGUGAGUACAGAGUAGGGGGGUCCCGGAAAAAAUCCUCACACUUUUUUACAAAGCGCUUGUGCAAAGAUUAAAAUUAAAUUAUAUCAAAAAUAAUAUAAAUUAUUAUAAUUAUAUUGCAAAGACUAAAAAGUUAAAUUUAGUUUACCUCUAUAUAAAUCCAGACAUACAUAAUAUGUACUCUGUGCGCUUAAUUGAAACGUUAUUUUAAAUCCAGAGGGGAGAUUUUUUUGUAAAAUGGAUUUUUCCUCCAGCCACUUAUUUUGCAAAGAUAUAAAAGUUAAAUUUAAUUAUACAAAUGAUUAUAUACAUUAUAUAGUUAUAUUUAAUUACAUAAAUUCUACGUA